CAUAGGCAGGCGCACACUGCGCCUCCGCUCAGGUCUCCGAGCGCUUCACCCUGGCUUGGACUCCCGAGCACCUCUGAAAGCCAGCCCUGAUACCUCCAUCACUGACCAUGGCCAGCCAGACCUGCCUCCCUCUCGCCCCACGCCUCUGCCCUCUUAAACCUCUGAAGCCACACUGUGGAGACAUCCAGGCGGGAAUUUGUGUGGUGAUCGAGCGCAGCGACAACAGGAUCCACCUGGCUGUGGUCACAGAGAUCAACAGAGAAAACUCUUGGGUCACAGUAGAAUGGGUCGAGAAAGGAGUCAAGAAAGGUAAGAAGAUUAAUCUGGAGAACAUCUUUCUGCUGAAUCCAGCUCUGGCCUCCGCUGAACACCCCAAACCAAUCAAGCCGUUGCCCCCUUUGUGUCUAGCAACCUCUCCAGCCAUCGGAGACCAGUGGGCAACCCCACAGUGGAUGACCAUGGCCCCCCAGAAAAGCGAAACACCGUCAGGAGACAGCCCAGCUGUGGGCGUCCCCAGCCAUCCCUGUCUGUUGAGGCAGAGAAAAUCUCCUUGUCUGCGAGAAAUUGAAAAACUGCAGAAGCAGCGAGAAAAGCGCAGGCAGCUGCAACUGCAGAUGCGAUCCAGACGCGCAUUAGAGGUCAACACCAGACACCCCAACCACGAGGUCAGGCGCAUGAUAGAAGAGUGUCGCAAGGGCCUGGACAGCAGCAAGAUUCCCACGCCUGGCCUGGAGCUCCCUGAACACCAACGGAUCUGUGUCUGCGUGAGGAAGAGGCCUCUCAACCAGCGGGAAACCACCAUGAAGGACCUGGACAUCAUCACUAUCCUCUCGGGCAGCAUGGUCAUGGUGCAUGAGUCCAAGCAAAAGCUGGACCUCACUCGCUAUCUGGAGAACCAGACUUUCUGUUUCGACCAUGCCUUUGAUGAUACGGCGUCCAACGAGUUAGUGUACCAGUUCACCGCCCAGCCUCUGGUGGAGUCUAUUUUCCGCAAGGGCAUGGCCACCUGCUUUGCCUACGGACAGACUGGCAGUGGGAAGACGCACACCAUGGGCGGAGCCUUUUCAGGAAGGGCCCAAGACUGUUCUAAAGGUAUCUACGGCCUGGUGGCUCAGGAUGUCUUUCUCCUGCUCAACAGCUCCACUUACAAGCAACUAGAUCUCAAAGUCUAUGGGACCUUUUUUGAGAUUUAUGGUGGCAAAGUGUAUGAUUUGUUGAACUGGAAGAAAAAACUGCAAAUUCUUGAAGAUGGCAAUCAGCAAAUCCAAGUGGUCGGCCUGCGGGAAAAAGAGGUGCAUUGUACGGAGGAAGUGAUGAACCUCGUGGAACUAGGCAACAGCUGCCGGACUUCCGGGCAGACCUCCGUUAAUGUGCACUCAUCCCGGAGUCACGCAGUGUUUCAGAUCACGUUGAAGUCCAGAGGAAAAUUGCACGGCAAAUUUUCCCUUAUAGACUUAGCUGGAAAUGAAAGGGGAGCGGAUACAGCCAAGGCCAACCGGAAGAGGCAGCUGGAAGGGGCAGAGAUUAAUAAGAGUCUCCUUGCCCUCAAAGAAUGUAUCAGAGCUUUGGGUCAGAAUAAGUCGCACACACCAUUCAGAGCCAGCAAACUCACGCAAGUGCUUCGGGAUUCCUUCAUCGGUCAGAACUCCUCCACUUGCAUGAUUGCUACUAUCUCGCCGGGGAUGACCUCUUGUGAAAACACCCUCAACACUUUAAGAUAUGCAAAUAGAGUAAAAGAAUUAGCUCCAGAGGUAAGGCACUACCAUCAUUGCCUCUCAAAAAUUAGACAGGAGGCACCACAGAUUUUAGAAAAGCACAUUAAGAAUUCACAACUGUCCCUUCAGGGGGAUGAAUUUAGGAAAAUACCUUGUGUGCAGAGUAAUGAGGAGAAACCAAGUAAAGAAGUCUCAGUACUAUCCGCCCCACUAAGGAAGGAUAGGAAUUCCUGGCAGGAAUGCAGCCAGUGGUGGGAGAACAUCCAGGAGACAGCUGAUGAAGUGGACUAUGAGGUAGAACACUGCAUUGCCCACUCUUUGUCUAUUUUGGAGGAGAAAAUUGAUGUUCUGAGUACGAUCCAAAAGAAACUGAAGUUAUUACGAGCUGAUCUCCAAAAAACCAAGGACUCACUUAAAAGAUCUUCCUGUUCCAAACGGGGGAAGGAAAAAAAGUCAGCAAAACAGUAGAAAAGUUCUCCAAUAAAGUAGAGCAUAU